UGAAGAUCGUUCAAAAAAAAAAAAUAUUCUGAAGAAAAAUACUAUAGGCGUAUAAAAUCUUCUAGGGUUCCAUAAUUUCCAUCUUUCUCGUCUCUCUCUGCGCGCCUCCUCAGCAGCAGCUUGUAGCUCCAUCCUCGCCUUCGAUUAGAUCGAUCUGUCAAAAUGUACACUUCAAGGAAGAAGAUCCACAAAGAUAAGGAUGCUGAACCCACUGAAUUCGAGGAGACAGUUGCACAGGCACUAUUUGAUUUGGAAAAUACGAACCUGGAGCUUAAAAGUGAUUUGAAAGACCUUUACAUUAACUCUGCAGUUCAAAUUGAUGUGUCUGGAAAUCGCAAAGCUGUUGUUAUUCAUGUUCCCUAUAGAUUGAGGAAAGCAUUUCGCAAGAUUCAUCUUAGGCUAGUCAGAGAACUUGAGAAGAAGUUCAGUGGGAAGGAUGUCGUUCUCAUUGCCACCCGAAGAAUAAUGCGGCCACCAAAGAAAGGCUCUGCUGUUCAGAGACCACGGUCCCGCACACUUACAUCUGUGCAUGAUGCCAUGCUUGAGGAUGUUGUGUAUCCUGCUGAGAUUGUUGGAAAGCGCAUCAGAUACAGGAUUGACGGGUCAAAGAUAAUCAAGAUAUUUUUGGAUCCCAAGGCACGCAACGACACCGAGUACAAGCUUGAGACAUUUACUGGAGUGUACCGGAAGCUUUCUGGUAAAGAUGUUGUCUUCGAAUAUCCAGUAACUGAGGCUUGAUCUGUUGUUACAUGAGCUUUCUUUUUCUGGUGUAAGACUUGCAUAAUCUCAUUUUGUUGGAAAGUCUUUAAAAUUUUGAUGCAGAGUUUUUGAUUGAUAAUCUUUUUAAUGGGAAGCAGGAAACAUCAAUGAAAUUUUUAUUCUAUUAUUUCAUAGUUAAAUUUUGGCAAAAUGGGUGAUUGUAGAAUGCUUAUAUGCUUCUAUGAGAAGUAUUUUACUGUAUUGUUUCUAUCA